UUUAUGGACGCAUUCGUAAGUUGGAAGUUUUCUUUGUAUUUCGUGUUUUAUCUGCCAUAAUAAUGAAGUAUGGAGUUUGCAAACCAAGCCAUUGUAAGACUGAACAUUUUGAGGAAUUAUAUGAUCAGUCUUAGUACAAGACAAAGAAUAUUUACUAUUAUAUUUUGUCUUUUUAUUGUUUAUUUGUGCGUUUUGAGUUUUGGACCAACGCUGAUUUUUACAUGUGGGACUGUAUUGGGGGUGUGGUGCGCUUUGAAACUCGGGAAAAGAUCUGCUUUGUUUCAGUGGGAGAAUAUCAUUCCGUUCCUACCUCAUGUUGCGAAACAGAGGCCUCUUUUUCAUAUUGACAAUGAAAAUGUAAUGAUGAGGGAGAAAAGACCAUACCAAUGCCAAGGUUUAAUGGAGAUCAUUCAUCAGAAACCCAGCCAACCAUGAUUUUGCAGACGGAAUUAAAUGAUUAUGUUCGACUGAUGAUGCGUGACUUUGUUGUGGGAUGGUACAGGAUCUUGAGUGAUGAUGAUCAAUUUUCACACAACGUUUUUCAUCAUUUCAAAGACAUGAUCAAAAAUAUAAAAAAACAGAUUCAUCAAAAUCGAUCAAAGAACUUUCCUGUGCAUUCUCCUGAAUGAGCUCCGAGCUCACGUUGACAUUUUUCGCAGGCUGCAGAUGAGUCGGUCUCGCUUAGCGAGUAAAUCCAGCAAGCUUGGGAGUUUUGCAAAGAAAACAUUCUGUCGUGUCCAUCUAUGAGACCUUUGCCAUCCUCCACCCGGCAUUGCAGAAUGAGGAAGCUGAGAAAGAGCACCUCUCGCAGCUCUCCAACACUUUGAUCCUGGCCCUCUUGCCAUCUGACGUGAUCCACUGUGAUUCGCUAGUUUUCCUUUUGCAGGACAUCCUCAUCAACAAUGUCCUGCAGCCCUUGGUACAUCUCAUCUCGGACCCAGACUUCUUGAAUGAGGCGUUCAUUCUGAUUCUGAUGGAUGAGCCACUAGGGCAAUACCACCGUGAUGCUGAUGGGAAACCAAGUGCAAAUGCCAAACAGGAACUGACAUGUACAGGCACAAGUGAAAUGGAGCCUGAAAGCAAUUGUGAAGAAGCUGCGAGAAACCAUGACGACAAAUUACUCAGAGAUUCGGACAUAGUGAAUCAUGAUGUGGAUAUUAUAUCAGUCAAUGUAGAAUCCAUGGAAAUAUCAGAAAAACUCCAACACUACCUCUCAAGUAGAGAAGACGAACAGCUCAGGCACUCAAGACACAAUGGACAAAAUACAAAAUCCAUCUGAAAAUGAAGAGGAGCAAAGGCCUCACUUGGAUGUAUCAGAAGGGGAUAAGAAGUCAUUGCCAUCUCCAUUUGAGCCCACUGAGCCCACGCAACUGUUCACAUUUCCCAUGCCAAUGACAAUGCUAGAAGCAAGCAUGGCAAUUCCAAGACAGGACUCUGACACAGUAUCCAAAGAAGAUGGCUGGAUGAGGAAAAAAGUGAAGAAGUGGACCUUCCAUCUCUUGAAACAAACUAGGAAGGUCAAGACUCAUCGAAGGUCAGCCUCUACAGGUUCCAACAUCAUAGCCAUCCAGAAUCCUGUGUCACAAUCAGUGGGGAGUGUCAUGGACAGUGUCAAAGACAGCAUGGCGACUGAUGAUGCAAUCCAGUCAUCCCGGUUCGAAGGUCAAGGUAUGAGAUCGUGUUUCAGUGCCAAUUGCCUUACAGAGUUAGGAGAUUGUGUUCCAACUUCUCAAGAGACGGUAUCCACCUUGGGCUCAGGGACAUCAUGCCAAUCUACAUCUUCGCUGAGCAGUUCUAAUGAGGUAUCUUCCAGCUCCAAGAUAAAUGAGCAAGAGGAGCAGGACACAGUCACAGAUGGAGACCAAAUGAAUGCAGGGAAGGAUGUCAAAGUCCAAUUAAGUUCCCAAGGAUUUUCUCCCAGUCAUAGACAUCCUCUCAUAAGAAGUGAGACAGCUCCACAGCUUCUCCAAACCCCACCCGACACCCAAGACCUGCACCCCAGCAACGGUAGUGAAAUACCCCUGGAGUGGGCUACGUGGAGAGUUACGAACCUAAAACAUCCCCACCACCAGCUGGCUUGGUGACCCAAAGGCAAGAAACCAGUCGUCUACUUCAUC